AAAAUGGAUAUUAACGGUACCACUCUGAGUACACUGGCGGAAACUGACUUGUUGUUACAAUUGCUAGGGGAUAAAAGGAAAGGACUCCCCUCUGUUGUCACUUUAACUGUCGUUUACAGUAUCAUCUUCAUAACAGGCGUCAUCGGAAAUGUAAGCACCUGCCUCGUUAUAGCAAGGAACACGUACAUGCACACGGUCACCAACUAUUAUCUUUUCAGCCUGGCCGUGUCCGAUACCCUAACGCUCGUGCUUGGUUUACCACCAGAGUUGUAUUGCAUUUGGGAAGCGUAUCCAUGGAGAUUUGGAGAACCAUUUUGCAUAUUUAAAGCUUUUCUAACGGAAAUGACGUCAUAUUCAUCCGUGUUGACGAUAACUGCAUUUACAAUUGAACGUUACAUAGCAAUAUGUCAUCCAAUUAAAUCACAGACGUUGUCCAAUCUCUCCCGUGCAGUAAAGAUCAUAAUAUGUAUUUGGGUGGUGGCUGCAGCUUUCGCUGUACCAUACCCAAUAUAUACUCGCGUCUAUCACUACAUUCGGGUAAACAACACAGUAGUGGACGACUCGCUCAUCUGCAGUAUAGCGCCGCCCUGGCGGGACCUAAUGAUCCACGUGUUUCAGAUGUCCACCUUUGUGUUCUUUGUCCUUCCGAUGACCAUGAUCACAAUAAUGUAUAUAUUGAUUGGUCGGACACUCAGUACUUCAGACUUUGGGACACCGGUUUACGUUAAUUCGUCAUCCACGAAGUCCAAGGCCAGAAAAGCCGUAAUAAAGAUGUUAGUUGCUGUCGUCGUUGCCUUUUUCUGCUGCUGGGCGCCGUUUAAUGCACAACGUUUGAUGACGUCAUACAUACCACCGGAGAGUUGGACUCCUUCUUUAAUCGAGGCACAGGCAAAGCUAUUUUAUAUAUCCGGAGUCCUAUUUUUCGUCGGAUCCACUGUUAAUCCUAUAUUGUAUAAUUUGAUGUCAAAAAAGUUCCGUAUGGCUUUCCGCCGUUCAUUAUGUAGAUGUUGUUACAACCCAGAUGAACUUAUAGAGCUGAGUGCUCGUUCCAAAUCCGUGCUGUAUUCUGAUCGUUCUCCGAACAUGAACCAGAACAGGUGCAUGUCAACUAUGAACCUUUAUCCCCGCUCACCACAGAUGAACAAGUCACGAUCCGGAAGUUCACUGGUAUUAAUGAAGAACGGUAACUCUCAUAUCCUUUCCAAUCGCCUGACUGUGUCUAGUACGCAACAGUGGCCGAGUGCGCAACCGGACAAACACUGGUCAUCCACUUCUGUGGAUAGACUCAAAGACAGAUCUGCCGGACGGACAGACAGACAGUCGAUCAGUCCAUGUAAACGACGGCUCAAUAUAAAGUCGAAUUCCAUCAUAAAAGUGUGUUCGAUGACGAGCAUGCUAAGCUUUGCCGAGUACGAACAAGAGAUAUUUGUAGAGCUGGGUAGUUUCGAUAGCCACACCCAGCUUUAUAGGAAAGAUCAGGGUGGCUCUCCGGACACUGGGGAUACAGCCACGUUUUUAUAGAGUUCAGUUGUUUACAUAUGAGGCAUAUUUAGUACUUGGCCUGACAACAUAAACAAGGGACACAAACAUUAAUAAAAAAGAGGAAUAUCAAUGGUAUUUUUUUUAAACGAAUACUUAAGUACACAAAAUGGUCAAAUAUUAUUUCAAAUCUUUUCAAAAUUCGAUUUUUCUGGUUUUGACCAGUUGGUCGUUAAUAGUUCCUGAACAGAAAUGUCCAGACUAGCGGCAAUUUCCAUGUUACCAAUUAUCCGAAUUAAGAUAUCGCCUUUUUCUUGCCAAUAUAAUAGCCGCUAUUAACCAGCCCACAUACUGUCUCUCUUCACGUUUUAAAGGUUGAAAACAAAUCUGUUUUUUCAUUUUUUUUG